AUGGCUGAAAUGCACACUCCCUAUUCUCCCUUGAAGAGACUGUUAUCUUUCCUCAAUGGCUUCCUGGCUGUAAAUUCUGGCAUGAUCCUCAUUGGCCUGGGCAUCUAUGUCAAGUUCAGAGGUGCUGUCCUCACAAUGGUCCUCGGGCUGUCCUUUGCAUACCUGCUUCAUGUUGGUUACCUGUGUCUGGUGAUGGGCUGCAUCACAGUGCUGCUUGGCUUUGCCAGAUGGUGUGGAGCAACCAAAGAAAGCAGAGUCACUCUCUUGUUUUGCUUCUUGUGCUUGGUUGUCGUUCUCAUCGUGGAAAUCACAGUCGCCACAGUGAUUCUUGCCUUCCUCCCAAUUGUUGAAGAAGUGGCCCUGGAGCACAACUACAAUGAGCCGGGUGACAUUUCCACGGAAUGGAACAUGGUCAUUGACAAUCUGAAGUGCUGUGGAGUGAAGAACUACAUAGAUUUUUCUGGUUCCUCCUUUGAAAUGAUGACCGGCCAUGCCUAUCCAAGGAGCUGCUGUAAAUCCAUUGGGACCGUGGCCUGCAAUGGGUGCAACGUAUCCACAGGUGUCAUCCACCAGGAGGGCUGUUUUCCCAAGCUCCUGAAAAUAACCAAGACUCAGAGCUUCAACCUGGGUGGGGGCUCGCUGGGGGCAGCAGUGAUACAACUGCCAGGAAUUCUUGACACCUUGUUGCUGUUUGUCAAGCUGGGCUGA